CGGACCCCAGUCCUUGUGUCAGUGCCUGGGAAGCGGCGAGCAGAGAAGCAGGAAGCGAAGAAUUCCUCAGACAGACAGACAGACAGACAGACAGACAGACAGACAGACAUGGGAGUGGAUCUGGAAACUAUCUCACCCGGAGACGGUAGGACAUUUCCAAAGAAGGGCCAGACAUGUGUAGUCCAUUACACAGGGAUGUUACAGAACGGGAAGAAGUUUGACUCGUCCAGAGACAGGAACAAGCCUUUCAAGUUCAAGAUCGGGAGACAGGAAGUGAUUAAAGGCUGGGAGGAAGGAGUUGCACAGAUGAGUUUGGGCCAGAGAGCAAAGCUGACCUGCUCCCCUGACGUUGCCUAUGGAGCCACAGGGCACCCCGGAGUCAUCCCUCCUAAUGCUACUCUGAUCUUCGAUGUUGAGUUAAUACGGAUAGAGUAGACGACGUCUGGAGAAGGGCCGGCCAACGAUCUCCAAACACCACCACAAUCCACUUCCUUAAGAGACCUCCUCACUGCUGAAGAAAACCUUUCACAUGUAGACUCCAGCAGCAAGAGGGGGAACAAGUCUUCAUAUUAAACCCUAGUGCUGCCAGAGCAGAUAGCUAAGGGGAACAUGACUGGCAACAAAGGGUUAUAGGAAUCGUAACAGGGCUACCUUUAGGUGAAGAGCAGGAGACCUGUGGUGCUUACGUCUUUGUGUCCAACCAAAUAUAUUAACAUCGUUCCAAUAGUACUGAUUAUCAGUAAACUGCCAUAAACAUGGGAACGGUUUUUCCCCCCAAACUGAUUAUUUUUUUGGCAUUUGUCGUUACUAAAUUGUUGUAUUGAGGUGAAAGCAGAGCUUGUAGGCAGCCUGCCACCUAAAAGUAGCCCUACGUUCUGCAGCUGAAAGAGGCAGUCCAUUAUGUGCGUGAAUCCAAUUGGCCACCCAAGAGCGAUGGGACAUUAGUCAAUGCGGUUCUCAAUGAAUAGUUAAAAAUUGCCCACUACUGAUCAAGGAAGGGUUUAUUCCAAGCUUUAUACUAUAUGAAAUAAUAAGGAGGAGAAGGUCCUUCAUAUACAUGUGAUCACCCAAUAUCUUUGUGAAGAUCCAAGUCUUGCUUUAUUAUCUCCAGUCUAUCUGGGAAAUGUGGAUCAUUUUUACGUUUCCUCCUAUGGCACAAGAAAGUUAUAUAUAAAGAUAUACACACACAUUAGCUUGCUGCAUGGCCAGUAGUUCCCUCUAAGGUAGUGAUCCCCAACCAGUGGCUUGUGAGUAACAAGUUGCCUUCGACCCCUUGGAUUUUGCUCCCAGGGGGCCUCAAAGCAGGGGCUGGUUUUGGGGCACGUUUUAGUUGCAUAAAAACCAAGUUAAUGCCAAACAGAGUCUCCUGUAGGCUGCCAGUCCUCAUAGGGGCUAUCAAUAGCCAAUCAUAUUUGGCAUUCCCAGGAACUUUUUGCAUGCUUGUGUUGCUCUCCAACUUAUUUCUACAUUUGAAUGUGGCUAACGGGUAAAAAAAAAAAGGUUGGGGACCCCUGCUCUAAGGUGCACGCACUCAACAAAUUGUGGUGCGCACAAAGGGGCAAAUUCACUAACCUGCGAAAAUUCGCCAGCGCUGGCUUCGUGCACAUUGCAACACCAGGUGUAAAUUCGACUGGACAAUGCUAAUUCACGAAGAUCCGAAGUUGCGCACAGAGUACCGAAUGCUGGCGAAAUUACGCCAGCAAAAUUACGCUCAGCAGUUGGAAGUUACGCUAGUGUUGGCUAAUUAGCAUACGGCGUGCAGUUAAAGUACAAUGGCCGUAUAUCCUGCAGCAAAUACAUUACACUACACAAGGCCAGGGAACCUUAAUAAAAUUAUAUAGAGUUGUUAUAUUGCCCUACACAUGUGCCCACAGUAUAGUUUAGGUGCCAUAUGUUAUCAAAUGUAGGGGGAAGAGGGUACCCCAAAAAAAAUUUACGAUCUUUUUCAGUCUUAUCACCCUUUAAAUAGGAAAAAACUCCAGCAUUUUUUGGGACUUUCAAUUUUCAACUUUUUUUUGAGGAACUCCUAUCUACUCUAUUGCACUUUGCCUGAUCUUAAGUGGCGAAGGCAAGUCUGGCGAUAGAGGUAACGUUCAUUAAAAUCAAAAACCUAGUGAAUUUGUGUAGUAACGCUCUUUCGCCAGACCGAAAAUUCGUCUGGCGUUAGAGUGCAAAGUUGCGCCAGAGUCUUAUCUCCUUGGCGUAAUUACGCCAGCGAAUUUAUGCCAGCUACCGUUAGUAAAUCGGCGAAAGUGCCUAAAAGACGUCACGCUUAUCAUUUCUGACCUGAGCACACCGUUUUUGCUAAAUGUGCGAACAAAAGAAUUUUGUUGUGUGCAUAUAACUGAGAAGGAAUUAGAGGGAACAUUGGUGCCAGGGCUGUUUUUAAGAAAUAGCAAAACAGAACUGUCAUUGGGUGCUUCAACUGAAGGGUGUUACCUUCUCGCCCUACUCAUCCCAUCACUCUGCCUCUCCGGUGUCUUUCUGGCCCCUUUUCGGAAUCCGCUAUGAGGACUGCCCCUUUAAAAUGCCCAGAAAAACAAAGUGACCUCUGUUUCAGAUAAACCCACAUCUACGAUUCUUCCCUGAUCUUGGCCUCUGCCCAGGAG